AUGGGUGAGAUGCUAAACAAGGUAUGGGAUAGCAUCGAAGAUGGAAAUGUGGGCGUUUUUUAUUUGUAUGACCUCGGUUGGGCUAGGAAAACAAUUCUCCUCGGUUGCAUUGGUGAUUUGGGUUGUGAUGAUCUAUGGCAAGGAUUAGAUCUUAAUAGCAUAGGGGUUCCACCUCCAGAGACAAAUCAUUCAAAAGUUUUGUUAACGACACGAGUUGAAAAUGUUUGUGACCAAAUGCAAGCAAAAAAGUUUGAAGUAAAAUGUUUGACAAAUAAAAAGGCUUUUGAUUUGUUUUGCGUGAAAGUGGGGGAAGAAACUCUAAACUCUAACCCUGAUAUACAUAGCCUAGCAAAACAGCUUGUCCUUGAAUCCAAGGGGUUACCACUUGCUUUGAUUACAUUUGGACAAUCUAUGGCUGGUCAAAAGAACCCCCAACAGUGGAGGCAUGUUAUAAACAAUUUGCAAAGCUUCCCUUCUAAGGUUAAAGUAUUCCUUGGAGAUUAUCAUACUAUUGAUUAUGCCUUUAAUCACGGUCAAAAUUUAGUUGAAAACUCAAAGGUUGCAUGUCUUGUGGAAGCUGAUGGAAAAUUCCUGAUUAAGUUGCAUGAUGUGAUUCAAAAUGGCUCUUUGGUUGAUCAAGAUCAAAACAAAAAUAAAAUCCUAGUGCAACAGGAAGCAUUAAAAUCAUUAGAAAGUGAUAAUCCUAUUGUUGAAAAGAUCUCAAUUAUGAUGGACUACCAUCACAGAGAGAUGCAAACUUGGAAUCUUUCAUUUUGUCCACACCUUGUGAGCUUACUCAGGAGGAACUUCUCAAUCAUAAAUGAUUUGGGAAAUCUCCAAUUCUUGAAUGAAUUGAAGGUUUUAAGUUUUAACAAUACCGACAAAGUGAUCAGUCUUCCUAAAGAAAUAGGACUGUUGAUGAAGUUAGAAUAUUUUGAGUUAUCAAGAUGUAGUAUUGCAGAAAAGUUUCUCUAUGGAGAUGAAAAACUCAAAGGGGUUGAAAGUAUUUGUCCUACAAAACAUUGA